CAUAUGGCACUCGUAUACGACGUACGACUGGUGCUAUUGUUAGGCCAUCUGCGCCAUCACUGGAGUAAUUUGGAAGCCUUUUCUUGCUUUUAACGUGUCGCCGAAGCUCUUACCUGCACCCUAAGCUCGUCAUGAAACGCCUGUUCACAAUGGUUAUGCUCGUUUGUUCUGUCCUUUUAUCUGUCGUAUGUUUAAACCCCGUGGAAAGCUUCAAAUUUCUAUCCUUCAAGAAAAAAGAGGCUUAUAAUAUACGAAAGUUUUUAAAUACGGAGGAGCCCAUUUGGACUUAUAACACGAGCAAACGGGUCAAUGUUUGGUUCGAAGUCGGCGUGAAGAAUAGUGUCACCGACGGUUCAAUAUUUUUCACGGGAUCAUCUUACGACCGCAAGGGAAUGACAUCUGCCGUCCUAGAGGGGAAAUUCGACCCGGACCGAAAGAAGCACAUUGAUAUUAGUAGUCCAGAUGGUGUGUACACGUUGCAGGAGGACAUAGUUUACAUGAGUGACGAUCGUGGCUGUGCUGUGAUUAUUGUGACGUCAUCAUUCGACGGACAGCAAGAAUCCUUCGAUCUCCGGGUCAGGAAUUCCUCUCUUACAUCGGGCAUCACUGAAAAAUGAAGGCACAAGUUCAGCAAGCGAGUAUCUGAAGGACAAAUUAUUUAC